GCUCAAAAUAAAGCUGGCGUAGAAAAGAAUUUAAAAGCCAUGCACAUCCCAGAGUUCGUCCGCAGUUCAAGCUCUACCCUUCACCGAAACGAGAAUGAAAAUGUUACUGCUGUCGCUGAUGGGCCUUUUGGCGUUCGGAUCAUAUCCAGGCAUUUACGCCCAAAGUUCCAGAAUGGUCUGCUACUUCCCCAACUGGUCGCGGUACCGUACAGGCGCCGGGCAGUACACCGUGGACAAUAUAAAUCCGAACUUGUGCACUCACAUAGUGUACGCUUUUGCUGUACUUGAUGGCACGACUUACAAAAUCAAAAUCUUCGAUGACUGGGCCGACAUCUCUCUGAAUGGCUUUCAAAAAGCUGUUGCACUCAAAACCCAAAAUCCCAAGUUGAAGGUGAUGAUUGCUCUGGGAGGUUGGAACGAUUCUAACGAUGGCACUGGCAAGUACUCGAAGCUUGUGUCCAGCACUGCAAACAUCAACACAUUCGUCACUUCGGCUGUGACUUUCCUACAACAAUUCAAAUUCGAUGGGUUGGAUUUGGAUUGGGAAUACCCAUCUACCGCAGCAGAUAAGACUGGGUUCAAGAAUUUGAUUGUAGCUCUUAGGAACGCCUUUCAGUCGUCGGGAUAUUUGCUGAGUGCUGCCGUUUCUGCUUCAGCCGCCUCUAUUGACGCAGGUUACGAUGUUGCUAGCAUGAAUCAGAAUUUAGAUUUCAUCAAUCUGAUGACGUACGACUUUCACGGAGCUGGUUGGGAGCCCAACGCGGCCGAUCAUCAUUCCCCUCUCCUCAAGCGUUCAGGAGAGACGACCAAUUUCAAUUCCGAUUUCGCAGUGACGUAUUGGAUUGGCAAAGGAAUGCCAGCCUCCAAAAUCAAUAUGGGAAUACCUUUAUACGGAAUGAGUUGGAAACUGACUUCCAGUACCAUCGCACCACCAGCUCCCGCUUCCGGUGUAGGGGCUGCUGGUCCCUUUACAUUAACCGCUGGCUUCUUGGCUUACUACGAAAUCUGCAGCGCUGUUCGAUCCAGCGGUUGGCAAGUUGUCCAAGACCCCACUAAAGCUAUUGGCCCCUAUGCUGUUUCACCGACAAGCCCGAAAACAUGGGUCGGAUACGACGAUCCAGCCAUGACCAUUGUCAAAUCGAAAUACAUUUUAUCAAAAGGAUUGGGCGGUGGAAUGGUGUGGGACAUUAGUUUAGACGACUUCCAGAAUACUUGCGGUGCUGGAGCAAAUCCUGUCAUAACAGCCAUUUACAGUACCCUGACAAAUGGUUCGGCAACCAUCAUUACCACAACAACGAGAGCCAGCACGCAGACUUCAAGUCCUACCCUUGCAACUAAAACGACAUCAAAAUCACCAGCAACGACAAAGCCCGUUUCAACCACAGCGAAGUUAACUUCAACAACAAAACCUGCCCCAACAGCAACAACAACAAAACCAACGUCGACGACACGAAAAUCAACUACAAGAGUGGCCUCAACAACAAAAAGUAUUACCUCAACGACAGCUAAACCCAUUACUGUUAAAACCAAACCCACAACAACUAAAUCUUCUGCUGGAGUUUUCUUUUGCCCAACUCCCAACGGACUGUUUCCAGAUCCUGCUUCCUGUUCCAAUUUCUACUCCUGCUCUAACGGGCAAGCGUUCAAGAUGGCAUGUGGUAGCGGGUUGUACUUCAAUCCGACUUUGCUGGUAUGCGACUGGCCUGCUAACGUGCAAUGCACCAUCAGUGGUUAAGUGAAAACAUUCUAUAUUCUUUUUCUUCUUUUUUUUUAAUUCCAUAAUUGGCUGGGAAAAGAAAAUAUUGGGGUUGAUUCUUGAUUGGAUUGAAAGAAUUAUUAAAUCAAUAAAACGAUAAGUUACUGACUACA